CAUCUGUUGCCAAUCUUCCUCUCUCCCCACUCCCUGCCUUUUUUUUUUUUUCCUCCCCAAAGCCCCAGUACAUAGCUGUAUAUUCUAGUUGUAGGUCCUGCUACUUCUUCUAUGUGAGCCGCUGCGACAGCUUGGCUACUGACAGAUGAGUGGUGUGGUUCCACGCCCGGGAACUGAACCCGGGCUACUGAAGCAGAGCACACCAAACUUUAACCACUAGGCCAUCAGGGCUGGCUUUCCAUAUGUAUUUUUCACUUUGACAAAAAGUUUACUUAAAAAAUAACAGGCUACAUCCUAUUUCAGCAGCUUUGGGUACAAACGAUGCAUUUCACAGUAGUACUCCAGAGGAUAGUAAUAAUCAAGGCCCUGGUGGCCCAGUUGGCAGGAGUCUGUUCUUUUACGGUUCCCUUCUCUCUGGGAUUUCUGAGCAUGCCCAUGGAACACCUCUGCAUUUCACAAGUCAGCCCUGGCAUUGCUGGUCCCCACAGCCACCCUCUCCCCGUUAGCGUCAAGUCUUGCAACUUUUUACCAGCUCCUCUAGGCUGCUGCCACUCGCACCUUUACAUGUCCCCGAAGUGUGGACCCAAGUCCAGUGGCAUGGCCUGAUGAGCAGGGUGGUUGGUGGGAUGGGGCGCUCACAGAAAGAGCACUCCGCUUUUUAUGCAUAUCCCCAUCUUAUUUCCAUACUCAAGACCUUCUUGUCUUUUCACCAUGUUUUUACUGUUGAUCAGUGGGUAACAAAUAGUAUUAACUACCUUAAAAUUUUGUUGAAAAGUGCCUAUCUGGAGAAUAUGCUUAAGUCAGUGCCUCCAGCUAUGUAUCCAAUCAGGUCCCUCCCCGAAAUCCCCAAGUCCCGCAAAGACCAGAGGAAUUAGAAUGCAGGAAACGAAAGCUUCAACUUGGAAAUGAAAGAUCCCUGUGUCUGGAGCCCUUGUUCCAUGUUCACGAGGGCUGUAAGGCUCUCCCAACCCACGUGUUCCUGGCACUCAUCUCUUCUGGGAAAGCCCAGCCAUCGCCACCAUUCUCAUCAUCAUCAACUCAGCAGACACGCAAUACUGCCCAUGGUGCAAAACUUCUUCUCUGUUGUUAUACGGAGCAGUUUUAUUUCUCUUUUCCCAAACUUCCCAGUGUUACGUUUUAACUUUCCUUAUGCAUAAUCAAAAGACUUAUUGAAGUAUUUUAACCAAAUCUAAAGAGCAGUAUCCCCUUCACGACUGUCCCUUCUACCUCCAGACACUGAAAAUUGCUAGCAGUUUCCAAGUAAGCUUCUCUAUCCUCAGGAAAAAAAAACAAAACAAAAAUCCAGUCCCAGCAGGUGGUCUUGCUACACACAAAUAGGCAGAGAGUUCCGGUGAUGGUAUGUGGGAAGUGGAGAUGAUGAAAUUCCUCUACAGUGGGAUUAAGGACUCACAGGAGAAACACUUCUCUGGCCUCCCUGCAAAGAAUGAUUGUCCUUUCCCUGAACAGUGGGGUUGUGUUUACCUGGAGGACACCAGGAAUCUUGUAGCAGGCACCAUUCCUUCUUCACAUCACCGGUUAGAAAGCCCAGAGCUAGGAUCGUGGUGACUCUGUGAUCUCUGGUUCGUCAUCCAGCUCUAAGUAUGACCCUGAGAUCCUGAAAGCUGAGAUUGCCACUGCAAAAUCCCGGGUUAACAAGCUGAAGAGAGAGAUGGUUCACCUCCAGCAGGAGCUCCAGUUCAAAGAGCGUGGCUUUCAGACCCUGAAGAAAAUAGAUAAGAAAAUGUCUGAUGCUCAGGGCAGCUACAAACUGGACGAAGCUCAGGCUGUCUUGAGAGAAACAAAAGCCAUCAAAAAGGCCAUCACCUGUGGAGAAAAGGAGAAGCAAGACCUCAUUAAGAGCCUCGCCAUGCUGAAGGACGGCUUCUGCACCGACAGAGGGUCCUACUCUGACCUGUGGUCCAGCAGCAGCUCUCUGGAGAGUUCGGGUUUCCCGCUGCCGAAACAGUACCUGGACGUGAGCUCCCAGACGGACAUCUCGGGAAGUUGUGGCACCAACAGCAACAAUCAGUUGGCAGAGAAGGUCAGAUUGCGCCUUCGAUAUGAAGAGGCUAAGAGAAGGAUUGCCAACCUGAAGAUCCAGCUGGCCAAGCUUGACAGUGAGGCCUGGCCUGGAGUGCUAGACUCAGAGAGGGACCGGCUGAUCCUCAUCAAUGAGAAGGAGGAGCUGUUGAAGGAGAUGCGCUUCCUCAGCCCCCGAAAGUGGACCCAGGGGGAGGUGGAGCAGCUGGAGAUGGCCCGGAAGCGGCUAGAGAAGGACCUGCAGGCAGCCCGGGACACCCAGAGCAAGGCGCUGACGGAGAGGUUAAAGUUAAACAGUAAGAGGAACCAGCUCGUGAGAGAACUGGAGGAAGCUACCCGGCAGGUGGCAGCUCUGCACUCACAGCUGAAAAGCCUCUCGAGCAGCAUGCAAUCCCUGUCCUCGGGCAGCAGCCCUGGAUCCCUCACGUCCAGCCGGGGCUCCCUGGCCGCCUCCAGCCUGGACUCCUCCACCUCGGCCAGCUUCACUGACCUCUACUAUGACCCCUUCGAGCAGCUGGACUCAGAGCUGCAGAGCAAGGUGGAGUUCCUGCUCCUGGAGGGGGCCACGGGCUUCCGGCCCUCGGGCUGCAUCACCACCAUCCACGAGGACGAGGUGGCCAAGACCCAGAAGGCGGAGGGAGGUGGCCGCCUGCAGGCCCUGCGCUCCCUGUCCGGCACCCCGAAGUCCAUGACCUCCCUGUCCCCCCGCUCCUCCCUCUCCUCCCCCUCCCCACCGUGCUCCCCUCUCAUCGCUGACCCCCUCCUGGCCGGAGACGCCUUCCUGAGCCCCCUAGAGUUUGAAGACCCAGAGCUGAGUGCCUCUGUUUGUGGACUGAGCCUUGGCAACAGCACUCGGGAGAGGUGCCGGCUGGAGGAACCUGGAACCGAGGGCAAGCAGUUGGGCCGAGCUGUGAAUACGGCCCAGGGGUGCGGCCUGAAAGUGGCCUGUGUCUCAGCUGCCGUGUCAGAUGAAUCCGUGGCCGGGGAUAGCGGUGUGUAUGAGGCUUCUGUGCAGAGACUGGGUACUUCAGAAGCCGCUGCUUUUGACAGUGACGAAUCAGAAGCAGUGGGUGCAACCCGGGUUCAGAUUGCCCUGAAGUAUGAUGAGAAGAAUAAGCAAUUUGCAAUAUUAAUCAUCCAGCUGAGUAACCUUUCUGCUCUGUUGCUGCAACAAGACCAGAAAGUGAACAUCCGCGUGGCUAUCCUUCCCUGCUCUGAAAGCACCACCUGCCUGUUCCGGACCCGGCCCCUGGACGCCUCGGACACCCUGGUGUUCAACGAGGUGUUCUGGGUGUCCAUGUCCUAUCCAGCCCUUCACCAGAAGACCUUAAGAGUCGAUGUCUGUAGCACCGACAGGAGCCAUCUGGAGGAGUGCCUGGGAGGCGCCCAGAUCAGCCUGGCUGAGGUCUGCCGGUCUGGGGAGAGGUCGACUCGCUGGUACAACCUCCUGAGCUACAAAUACUUGAAGAAACAGAGCAGGGAACCCAAACCAGUGGGAGCCAUGGCCCCCACCCCAGGGCCUGAAAGUACGGAUGCUGUGUCUGCCCUGUUGGAACAGACAGCAGUGGAGCUAGAGAAGAGGCAGGAGGGAAGGAGCAGCACUCAUACCCUGGAAGACAGCUGGAGGUACGAGGAGGAGGCCAGCGAGAACGAGGCAGCAGUGGAUGAGGAGGAGGAGGAGGGAGAGGCGGAGGAGGGAGAUGAGGACAUUUUCGCUGAGAAAGCCUCACCAGACACGGUCGAGUGCCCAGCAUCAAAGGUGGACAAAGAGACCAACACAGAGACCCCGACCCCAUCUCCCACAGUGGUGCGGCCCAAAGACCGGCGGGUGGGCACGCCAUCCUCAGGGCCAUUUCUUCGGGGGAGCACCAUCAUCCGCUCUAAGACCUUCUCCCCAGGACCCCAGAGCCAGUACGUGUGCCGGCUGAACCGGAGUGAUAGCGACAGCUCCACGCUGUCCAAGAAGCCACCUUUUGUUCGAAACUCCUUGGAGCGGCGCAGCGUCCGGAUGAAGCGGCCUUCGUCCGUCAAAUCUCUGCGCGCCGAGCGCCUGAUGCGCACCUCGCUGGACCUCGAGUUAGACCUACAGGCGACCAGGACUUGGCACAGCCAGCUGACUCAGGAGAUCUCGGUGCUGAAGGAGUUCAAGGAGCAGCUCGAACAAGCCAAGAGCCUCGGCGAGAAGGAGCUGCCGCAGUGGUUGCGCGAGGACGAGCGCUUCCGCCUGCUGCUGAGGAUGCUGGAGAAGCGGAUGGACCGAGCAGAGCACAAGGGUGAACUGCAGACAGACAAGAUGAUGAGGGCGGCUGCCAAGGAUGUGCACAGGCUUCGAGGCCAGAGCUGUAAGGAGCCCCCAGAAGUGCAGUCUUUCAGGGAGAAGAUGGCAUUCUUCACCCGGCCUCGGAUGAACAUCCCAACCCUCUCUGCGGACGACGUCUAAUCGCCAGAAAAGUAUUUCCUUUGUUCCACUGACCACGCUGUGAACAUAGACUGUGGCUAAAGUUAUUUCUGUGGUGUUAUAUGAAGGUACUGAGUCACAGGUCCUCAAGCACGCUUGUCGGUUUGAAGACGAACAGAUUUUUUAGUUUGGGUUCUAUUAUUAUUAAAAAAAAACAAAAAUAAAAACAAAAAAACAAAAACCAGCAUUAAAAUGACAAGAUUGUAUAGUUUGUAUAUUUAGGAAUGUAUUUUUGAGAAAGAAAAUUUAAAUGAACUAAAGCAGUGUUAAGUUGCUGCUCUUCUUAAAAUUGUUUAGUUUUUUUUUUUUUUUGUACAGCUCUACCUUCUAGAGGUUUCACUGCAAUAAGAAGUAAUGUUUUGGGGACGGUAAUCCUAAAAGGACGUCCUGCAGAUGUCACAGCCCAGCUGACCUUUCCUACUUAACAUAUUUUGUACAAUAUUAAAAAAAAAAAUGCACAGGAACCGUUUGGGGAUUCUGAGGUGCCUCCGUGAAUCUUCAUGAGCUGUGAUGUGUUUUUAUGUGGCCGCCUGACGUGGAGCGGGCAGCGCGGAGCUGGCCGAGCAGCCAGCCCAUGCUGGCGACAGACCUGCCCACGCUGGUCUCAGAUGCCCAGUGAAGCCACUGAAGUGAGUGAGGGAGGGCUACGGAGAACUCCUUUCAGUUUUAUCUCCAUCAAUAAAGUGGCCUUUCUGAACCAA